UUUGUUAAGCAAAAGCAAACACAUCAUACAGUUGGGUGCGUCGUUUUUAAUCUUUCUGAAUUUGUGAAGAUGGAGUCAAGAGAAGAAAAGAAUUACAACUACUUGCAGAAAAUACUUAAAAAUGUCGUUAAAAAGAAACUUGUUGAUUUAUUUAUCCAAGAGUGGAACGCUCAUUGCAGUAAAGACCACGGAGAAUGGAAUAAUUCAAGCAGUGGUCAGAAGUUGUUCAAUAUUGAAAAAACAAAAAAGAAACCUAAACCUCAUGACAAACAUAUUCUGUCAAAGUUUCAAGAUGGUGACACCAGUAAGUGGGAUUGUACAACACUGUUUGCAGCAAUAUUGUUUUCAAACGCAAUUGGAAAUAAAAUUGACCCAAACACUAAAGCUGCUGUGAAUGAACUUCGUGAAGUAAGAAACAAAAUCGCUCAUAAUGAAGAUAGUAAAUUAUCUGAUACUGAAUAUCACACAAUGGUUUGUGAUAUUGAAAAGUCAUUUCAAGAUCUAGGAUUUUCAUUCACUGAAAUUAUCAAAAUAAAAAGUGAACGAAACAUAUUUUAUUCUUUUCAAGUACUUCCUUGCAAAUCAAAUCACGAUGUGGUUAAACGUACAGAAUUACUCAAUCAAAUCACAGCAGAUCUCAAUAACUUGCGCAGUACUAACAAUAAUGAACUAACAUAUUACUAUAUUUCUGGUAAUCCUGGCAGUGGUAAAUCUGAAUUAGCCAGACAAAUUUGCGAAGAAAUGUAUAACUCGUUUGACUGGGAAAAUCACACGACAUUUGUGAUGACACUUGACGGAAAAGAUAUCGACUCUCUUUUGAAAACUUAUGCUGAACUUUAUCAACGUUUAAACAAUGAUAAAACUGUCAUUGAAAAUAUUCUGAAAGAAGCAAAAAGCAGCGAGGACAAAACUAAAGAUUUUCAAUUAUUGCUGACACAACAACUGAAAUCUUGGCAAACAUGGUGGAUUGUUGUAGAUAACGUGGUUGAACUUCAUAAAAUUUAUCCAUUAUUACCUCAAGUUGGUGAUCAUAGCUGGAAAAAUGGACAAAUUAUAGUAACUGUCCAAAAUACAGAUGCUAUACCACCAGAUGGAAAUCUAAAUAAACACAUUUCAGUUAGUCAUGGUAUGAAUGAUGAAGAAUGUCGACAACUUCUAUCUUUCUUUUCUGAUAUUCAUAAUAAAGAUGAAAAAUAUUUAAAGGAUUUAUCAGACAAAUUAAAUCGUCAACCGUUGUUCCUGGCAAAUGCUGCUUCCUACGUAGGUAGAGUAAAAAGUGCAAAUCCGAAAUUCACGUGGGAGCAAUAUUUUGAUAAGUUGAAUGAAGAAGAGCGACAGAAAAUGGAUGCCAGUUUUCAAAAAAUAAAUACAUCUUACUUAGGAAUGCAAACUGUUAUGUUAGCAGUACAAAAAAAUGCCGAAGAAUACAUCUUGUUGAAACAUGUUUUUAAACUUUUCUCAAUAAUAUCUUUCGAUCCCUUACCAAAAGAUGUUAUAAUACAAUUUAUUAAAAGCAUUGAUCCACAAAAAUCUGCAGAAGAUGUCUGUCUUCAAUUAAAGCAUUGUUCUUUAUUCCUUCAAACGGAAAACAACGACAUCCGCCUACACAGCGUUGUACACGAAGCCAUCAUAAAUUAUUCAUCGCAGACCUUUGGCUGUAAACAAAACGAAAAUAAUUCUAAUGGCUUCAUUGCUAAGGAAGAACGGAGAAUAUGA